AUGUCCUGGACUACGAUGAACCCCCCAAACAAGGACAUCCUAACCCCGCAGCCAUUCUACCACUUCAACCACACCAGCAGGGAAUGGGAAGAAGUGAUCGUUACCAACCCACCCCCAAUAACAGCCCCCAAGCACGAACGCAAACUCAAGAAUAAACAACAAGAAACAACCUCUUAUAAAAUAAGACUGAUAACAUGGAACAUCGACUUCCAGCAACCUGCCAAAUCGCAACGGAUGCGUGCUGCAUUGGAAUACCUUUUCGAACUGCUACCGUCAGAGUCAGAGUCACCCCAGCAAGCCCCCAUCAACAAGGGCGUCAGUGAAGAGGGCCAAACAGAUAGGGAUACAUAUACAAUCCCAUCAGUUAUAUUCCUCCAGGAAAUGGAGGCAUCUGAUCUAGAUCUCAUCCAGGCCGCGCCGUGGGUUCGCGAUAGGUUCUACAUAACCGAUCUAGACGGUGCGCAUUGGAUGGGUUCGUCCUACGGGACCACGACGUUAGUCGAGAAGCGACUGGUCGUGCAAAGGGUAUUCCGUGUGCAUUAUGGAUGUUCGAGGAUGAAUAGAGAUGGAUUAUUCGUUGACAUUGAUCUUCAUCAUGGAAGUGAAGAUGAAGAUGUGCGCAAAACAAAAGCACUAUUACUAAGACUCUGCAACACCCACCUCGAAAGCCUCACGUCCAUCCCGCCUCGUCGACCGGGACAGCUGAAGCUCGCUUCUGAAUUCAUGCAUGGCCGGAACCGGAACUGGGACGGUAGCAGUGAUACUGAAUCCUACAAACAAUAUACCUCCAAACCACACGCUGCAAUACUAGCAGGCGACCUCAACGCUUUCGCACCAGAAGAUCUCACGGCACCGGUUGAAUGCGGAUUGGAAGACACAUUCCUCAUUUUGGGUGGUAAGGACGGCGCUGAAGAGAGUUUUACGUGGGGUCAACAGGUUUCCAAACAACUGCAGAAGAAAUUCGGGUGUAGUCGUAUGGACAAGAUGUUGUUUUGUGGGGGGGUUAGAGCGGAGGAGUUGGUGAGGGUGGGCGGUGGUUUGAAAGUAUGGGUUGAAUAUCCCAAGUAUGAGGACGAUGAUGAAGAGGAUGAAGAGGACGGGGAGGAGAUGUGGGUUACGGAUCAUCUGGGCUUGCUGGGAAUUUUUACCAUCAUGGAGUGA